AUGGAGAUCCGCUGCGGGGGGCUGCUCUUCAGCUCCCGCUUCGACUCGGGCAACCUGGCGCACGUGGAGCAGGUGGAGCCGCCCGAGGGGGGGGGCGGCCCGGCGGCCUGGGGCGCCGCCCUCCCCGCCGCCGACUACGAGUUCAACGUCUGGACGCGGCCCGACUGCGCCCAGACCGAGUAUGAGAACGGCAACAGGUCCUGGUUCUACUUCAGCGUGCGAGGGGGGGCUCCGGGGAAGCUGAUCAAGCUACACAUCCUCAACAUGAACAAGCAGAGCCGGCUGUACUCCCAGGGCAUGUCCCCCUUUGUGCGGACCCUGCCCGUGCGGCCCCGCUGGGAGCGCAUCCGCGAGCGGCCCAGCUUCGAGAUGGUGGAGACGCAGUUUGUGCUGUCCUUCGUGCACCGCUUCCUGGAGCACCGCGGUGCCACCACCUACUUUGCCUUCUGCUACCCCUUCUCCUACACGGAGUGCCAGGAGAUGUUGGCGCAGCUGGACGGCCGCUUCCAGGAGUGCAGGCACAUGUCUCCCAGCAGCCCCCUCGACUCUGUCUAUUACCACCGGGAGCUGCUCUGCCACUCCCUGGACAAGCUGCGAGUGGACCUGCUCACCGUCACCUCGUGCCACGGCAUGCUGGAGAAGCGGGAGCCCCGGCUGGACAAGCUCUUCCCAGACACGACCACUCCACGGCCGCGCCGCUUCGCAGGGAAGAGGGUAUUCUUCCUGAGCAGCAGAGUCCACCCGGGAGAAACACCCUCCAGCUUCGUCUUCAACGGCUUCCUGGAUUUCAUCCUGCGGGAGGAGGACCCCCGUGCCCAGAUGCUGCGGCGGAUGUUCGUCUUUAAGCUCAUUCCCAUGCUGAACCCCGACGGGGUGGUGCGAGGCCACUAUCGAACUGACUCCCGUGGGGUAAACCUGAACCGCCAGUAUCUCAACCCCGACGCCGAGCUGCACCCUGCAGUGUACGGGGCCAAAGCUGUCCUCCUCUACCACCACGUUCACAGCCGCGUCCUCACAAAAUCUUCCAACCAUUCCGUCCGCAGCAGCGCCCCGUCCCCGGAGGCAGCCCUGUCAGAACUGGAGAAAGCCAAUAACCUCCGCAAUUCAUCCAGCACCUGGCGUGCCAGCACGUACAUCAGCCCUUCUCAGGAACCCCGGCUCACGGGAGCGCCUGCCGCCGAGCUGGGCAGCAAGGGCCGAGCUGUCUGGAUCCUCCCUUCGAGCCACGCCGCGGAGCACUGUGAGGAGGAAGCCAGGAGGCCUCCGUCAGCACCUCUCCCCGAAACCAUCCUGCCCCAGGACAGUGGACUGGCCUACUACGUCGAUCUCCACGGGCAUGCCUCCAAGCGCGGCUGCUUCAUGUACGGCAACAGUUUCACUGACGAAAACGAUCAGGUGGAGAACAUGCUAUUCCCCAAACUCAUCUCCUUGAACUCGCCUCACUUUGACUUCACGGGCUGUAACUUCUCGGAGAAGAACAUGUACGCCAAAGACAAGCGGGACGGGCAGUCGAAGGAGGGCAGCGGGCGCGUGGCCAUCUACAAAGCCCUGGGGAUCAUCCACAGCUACACACUGGAGUGCAACUACAACACGGGGCGCUCGGUGAACAGCAUCCCCGUGGCCUGCCACGACAACGGGCGGGCCAGCCCGCCGCCCCCUCCCGCCUUCCCCUCCAAAUACACCGUGGAGCUGUUUGAGCAGGUCGGGAGAGCCUUGGCCGUGGCAGCACUGGACAUGGCAGAGUGCAAUCCCUGGCCACGGAUCGUCCUGUCGGAGCACAGCUGCCUCAGCAACCUGCGAGCCUGGAUGCUGAAGCACGUGCGCGGCAUGAAGGGCGCAGGCGGGGGCCCGCGGAGGAGAGGAGGUGCCAGGACCCCUCCCAGGAGCUCCACCGGGCUCCCAACCUCGGCCUCCGAUAACGCCUUGUCCCGCACGAGGAGCUUCAGCAACGGCACCAGCGGGAGCGGCAGCAGCCAGCAGGACUCGCCGCAGAUCAAAGCCUCCCCCAGCUUCAACUUCAGCUGCAGCAGGCCCUCGGGUCCGGCCGCUGCGAGCCAGAGCCCUCAGAAAGGCAGCGCCAGAGCCCCGGCACCGGGCAGAGGUAAGCUGGGCUGGGGACCUCUCGUGCGCUUGAUCCAGUACCUGUCGAGCUGCUGUGCGAAGCCGCAGCCCUGAGGAGAGCUCUGUGCCAGCGUAACCGUGUGCUUUGACGUAAUAAAAGUGGU